GUUAUGUGACACAGUCAUGAUGGCCGCCAUGCGUCUGUUUAUGGCUCUUCGAAACAAGUUCACCAGCUUCAACAAUGGUUCAAGCAUUUACUUUAACAGCAGACAAUCAUUCAAGGGAAGAGCUGUUGUGAAAUGUGUAGGGACAGGGCUGUGUAUCACUCUCGGUGGAUGCGCUGUUUACUACCAUUACAAUGCGACAUCGGAUCUGGGAUACAAAGCGAGACGGCUGCGAGCAUUGAUUUCUCCGCUCCCAGCAGUAGCUGCAAAAGAGAAGACCAAUGCACUGGCUGAAGAUGAGGUGUCGAUGUCAGCUCAUGAGCGCAGGUUCAGACUCUUCAGCUCAUUGGAGUAUGACGGACAGCUUUACAUGACUCCCCUUGACUUCAUUGAGUCUGUCACUAUGAGUGAACCAAAGAAAAAGAGGUUUUGGAGAUCCCUCACAAAACAGGAUCUUGACAAGAUUAUGUCAGAUACACCACCAGUUUGGAAAGGAUCUUCCUGUCUUUUUAGAAACCUGCGGGAAAAAGGCAUCAUCGCUUACACAGAGUAUCUGUUUCUGCUUUGUAUUUUGACAAAGCCGCAUGCAGGUUUUAAAAUAGCUUUCAACAUGAUUGAUGCAGAUGGCAAUGAAAUGGUGGAUAAGAGGGAAUUCAUGGUGCUUGAGGAGAUAUUCCGAAAGAAAAAUGAAAAGAGAAAAGAGCGGGAAGGAGAUACUGACACUUCAUCUACACUGAGUGUGGAAAUGUACGGAUAUCAAGGCUCUGUCAACAGCAAUGUACUUAAAAAAGAACAGCCUCAGUCUGAACCCAGAAGUUUCUGGGAUGUUCUAAGGCACGGUGCAAGAAUAAUUGUCUUUUCAGAUCUGAUGGAGCACGAACCAGAAAAUGCCACCGACACAACCCUGCUGGUGCAUUUUUUUGGAAGAAAGGGCAAAAGUGAACUCAGCUUUGAUGACUUCUACAGAUUCAUGGACAACCUGCAGACAGAAGUCCUUGAGAUUGAGUUCCUCAGCUAUUCAAAAGGAAUGACCACCAUCAGUGAGGAGGAUUUUGCUCGGAUCCUGCUGCACUACACCACAGUGGAGAACAUCGCUGGCUACCUUGAGAAUGUGAAUCAAAGCAUACCAGAUGAGAAGGGAAUCACUUUUGAAGAGUUUAGGUCCUUCUUUCAGUUCCUCAAUAACUUGGAGGAUUUUGCCAUUGCCAUGCAGAUGUACAACUAUGCAAAUCGCCCAAUUGGACAAGAUGAGUUUGCUCGUGCAGUUUAUGUGGCCACUGGUCUAAAGCUCUCACGACACCUAGUGAACACCAUUUUCAAGAUCUUUGAUGUGGACCAUGAUGACCAGCUAAGCUACAAAGAGUUCAUUGGGAUUAUGAAGGAUCGGCUGCACCGUGGUUCUUGGGGAUACAAAGUUGAAGAGAGAUUCACAUCCUUUAAAGCCUGUAUGAAGAAGGAACUCACUAGCAAAUAGACUCAUCGUCAUCCUGGAUGAGGACGAUGACAGUAGUAUCAUCUACAAACUUCAGGAGCUUGACAGAGGGGUCCUUGGUGGUGCAGUCAUUUGUGUACAAGGAGAAAAGUAGUGGGGAGAGUACACAUCCAUGGGGGGCACCAGUGCUGAUUGUACAUGUGCUGGAGGUGAAUUUCCCCUGUCUCACUAGCUGCUGCCUAUCUGUCAGAAAGCUGGUGAUCCACUGACAGAUAGAGGUGGGAACAGAGAGUUGGUUUAAUUUAGUCCGGCGUAUAGCUGGGAUGAUGCUGUUGAAAGCCGAACUGAAGUCCACAAAACUGGUCUGUCCAGGAUCCUUUUUGUAGACUUCAGUUUGGCUUUCAACCGGUCAUUUCAAGUCAGUAGUAAGGUAAUUUGAUCUAAUAUUUCAUAAUUUUUUUUAAUGAAACAAAAUAGUAAUUUGCAGUUUUCAAUUUUGCCUGACAUGAUUAUCUAUAUAAAAAAGUCAAUAACUGUCCAGUUAGUGAAAGGAUAGUAUCUGGGGUAAAAAGCCCCCCUGUUGCAGGGGCUGAAGGCCCCCAUAAAACACGCAGUUUUCUUAAGUGGAGGGAAUAGAUUUGUUCUGAAAAAUGUUCAGUGGGCUCACAAUGACUGAUCCAAUCACAAUGGUGAUUAAUUAGUUUAUAGAAUACUUGAUAUGUUCUGAAAUGUCAAAUGUGUUUUAAAGUAAUAAGAAAUGAUGCCCCCUUUUCUGAAGUGGUUAUUUUGAAUAAGCAUUAUCUUAUUUAUUUAUUUUUUUAAACUAAAAAAACAUCUUGCUGUCUCAGAAGUAUUUGCAUAAGUUGACAAAUUGUGCCCUAUAACUAUUGCCUCGGUAUCUACACAAUAUCACUAAAAACUCCUGUGGGCCUUUUACCCCUCACCACUUUCUUUUUUAAUGAAUUUUAUUUAAAACAACCUUCUGUUAUUAUUUCUUUUCUCACAAAUUAUGUUGCUCCUUCAGUAUUCAAUGAAAAUACAUGUAUUUCUUGAAUCUUGAUACACUUUGUGACUAGUAAAAAAGCAAAUUUUCCUUAGGGUGUGCCUUUAGCCCCGUUGUACCCUACCACACGUAAUUUUGGUUAGCAAAAAUGUUGCCAUGUUCACGUAAAUUUCAUGAGAUCACGCUGAAAAAUGCAGUAAAUAUUAUCUUAAAGGUGCACUCAGUAACUUUUUGUUUGUGUCAUCUUGGACUAACAGUGACACCUAGUGGUGUGGAUGGAGAACCAUUCAAAAUCAGUAGUUUUCAUUUACAGGUGCCAUUGUAGAAAAUCACUAUUCACAGUCCAAGAGAGAAAGUGUCACAUAACAAGAUGGUUACUGAGAUUAAGCAAGUAGAAUUCAGUUGGUCAUGUGAUUCUAAAAUAUCAGCCCCCAUGAGGGCACACCUGACCCAUGUAGAAUAAACAGCUUUUAUAAGGUUACUGGUAUGACUAGAGUCCUCAUCUCAUGUGAGUGUUCAUGAUUUUAUACAUAUGUUUCAAAAUUACAAUUAACUUCUUUAAAAGUAAAACUUUUUUAAUGGGGGAAAAAUUACUGAGUGCACCUUUAAGUUAUGCAGUGUUUUAGGUUUAGCUUCAUGAUAUUGCUCUGGGGAACUGUGAAUUAAUGAUACUGAACCACAGCUCUAGCACUGCUCAGCAUUCAGGCAAAGCUCUUUCUCUAGCAUCAGAUUACUCUGUAAAAUUAAUGUGUGCUAUCGAUAGAUACAAGAUACCAGCCUAACAUAGUGUAUUCAGACUUAACUUAGUAAUAGAAUACAAUGGCCAACCCACAAGCAAAGCACAUUACACUAUUUUUAUUUACUACAGUAUAUAAUAUAUUUUUUAUUAUGAAUGUAGUAAUUUAUUCAGAAUAUCCCUUAAUGGAUACAGUUAUGUUGUGCUUCAAAGUAGAUAAAUAAUCAGAAUGUUCUUUGUUUGAUGUUUAUUCCUCUGUGAAGUGAUAUUGCUAUUCUUCUGUGUGCCUUUGAUUUCUGUAGGUACAAUUCCUGCUCAGCUUCACAUCCUUAGCCAUCACGGUGAAGAAAUCUCAAGUUGGUUUAAAGUUCUCAGUGAACCAAUGCAAUUAUACCAGACCUGUUUCAAACUCUUUAAGAAACAAACACUGCCACAAUUAGAUUAACAUGCUACCUCUUUGGCCUACUUUUAGAGCUUUGUCACUUGUCAGACAUUUUCUAAUCUCUUUAAAAGCCAUUAACUAAAAGGUAUAAUAGCCAUGACUUUUAUUUAUUAAGCAGAGUUAUUAAUUAAUGGUCUUAUAAAUUUAAAUAGGUCCAGUGCCCACAUUUUGGGAUAGAUGACGCUGCUGUAAUGAUUUGUAAAGUAGCCUCUCCAUUUUCAUGAUGAAACGUUACUAACUAAAAUGUUUAAUUUUCCAUAUGACUUACCUUUUUUCAGGAACUGUUUAUUAUGAAUAUGCCAAACAUAUUUUGUAAUCUUUGUGCAGGGUUCCCACAGUCACUGAAAACUUGGAAGUGUCUUCCAAGUUCCAAAACAAUCUUGUUUUCCAGGCCUGGAAAAAUCAUGGAAAUGAUUAAAAUCUUGAAAGUCAAAUAAAUAUCUUUGAAUAAAUACAAUACUAUAUAUAUAUAUAUACACACACACACACACACAGUAUGUCAUAUACACUUUAUAUAAAUAUAAAUAAUAUGCAUUUUUUUUUUAUAGUUAUGCUCUGAUCUAAAAUAUUUUAUCGAGAGUAAAACUUGCUUGUAAGUCAUACUGAUGUCUGAAUUGUGAGCAAAUUAUUAUUUUCAUAUUUUCAUUCGGUUAUUUUCAAACGGGUUCACAAAUCCACCUGAAUGAUUCUUAAAAAUCAUUAUCCAUUAAUCAUUCACAAACAGUUAGAAGGGUCAUGGAAAAUUCAUAGAAAUUAUUUGAUCAAAAAGUGUGGGAACCCUGACUGAGGCAUCCCACAAAACAUCCUCUUUAUUACGUUGAACUGAAAAUGUCAAUGUUAAAAGUGCUGAAUUCUAAUGGAAUAUAGAGUUAUUUAAUCUCUAUUUAUUUAUAUCUAUUUUAUGUAAAGAAAAUGUUCUCCUGGGUUUUAAUGCUGAGAAACUGACAAAGUCUGUAUCUUUCCCUACUUUGGUGCUGCAUCGGUAAUGCAUUGUUCAGUUUGAUUCUGUACGAGUUAUAAGCCAGCUAAUCUUCCCUUACAAUGAGCACAUUGCUAAUAGUUUCUCUGAGCUUGUCCACUACUCACCACCCAGAUCAGUUUACACAGGGUCUGACAGUGCUGAGCCCACAGAGCAAUAAUUAUUCCUCAGUAAUCUUACAAUGUGCUGCACAUACAGAUCUCUCCUCUCCUCUUGAGUUUCUUACUCUGUUGCUCCUUCAUCUUGCAAAGCCAAAAUUACAAACAAACAAUCUAAAAAUGCAUCAAUCUCUGUUAAUGUCAUUAUAACAGUAGUUGUCUCACUGAAUAUAAUUGUAUGAUGCAUCAGGCUUUAGAAUAUUGACCAUGUUUUAUUAUUCACCUUUUUUCAUUAGCUAUUUCAUAUCUUUCUUUUAGGCAAUUAAGGCCAAUAAUUUUUUCCUUUUGCAUAUGACAGUGUGCAUCUUCCAUUACUGCUGUCAAAAGUGAAGUAUGCUUUUUAUGCAUUAGUAUUCAGAUUGCCUAGACAGUUUGAAUUACUUAUUUAA